CAGAAAUAGAGAAAUUGUUGCUGGGCUCCGAAGAGUUGGCAUAAGGAAAGAGGAAUUGAAAACCAACCUGAAGAAUUGAUGAAGUAGCAAAAAUAUUUUCAUGACGCCACAUGGUACUUUUUGAAUGGUUGAGACAAUUUGUCUCCGAAUGCGAUAAUAUUUUCUAUGAAAAAGAAUUGAUUUCGAGCAUGAGAAAGGGCAUUUCGAGCAUGAGAAAGGGCAUCGAACUCCACAUGAGAAAUGAGUGGUACGAGAACAUGUUCCAAGGAAAAUGGCCAGAUAAUUACGUGCAAGCAUCACAAAAUACACGGGCGAAUUUUAUUUUAUGUACCCAGGAAAAACAAAGUACCAUAGUACCAGUUUGUGUGACGCUGUCCCUUUAGAGGAUACUCCGAGCUAAUUGCUCUUAGUAUUCUACUAGUACUACUGCUGUCUCAGUCGUUCUUGCUGUUGGUAGUAGCAAUAGUGAACCUAGUGAGCAGCUACUUACUGGAGGCUAAGGCGCACCUCUUGUUGGUGCUAACAGCUAACAGCUGCCAGCUGUUAGGAUGGCUCUCAGCCACUCAUUCUUGUUGUUGUGCGCUCCAUUCUUUGGUGCCAUUGUCAGUCCAGGCCUUGCGGGACUCGCUACACCGAUACCGGACCGUACAGCAAGAGGAAAAGCGGAAAAGGAAAAGCUCCUUUCGGUGCGUCUUCAUUGCUACAAUACGCUACGCUACGCUACGGUACCGUACCGUACCGUACCGCACGUCCCUACCGUAGAACGCGCGGUACGUACGGAAGACGGGUACAGUACGAUGUACGAUGCAAUGCGAUGCGAUGCGAUUCGGUACUAGUACGUACGUACGUAGCCGCCACCCUACAGUAUGUACGUACGUACGUACGUCCCCCCUAACCGCCAGACACCAUACGGUGCUUGCACCUUACGGUAUGGCAACAUACCGUAAGACAACGUUGCAUACCGUUGCAUACCGUACCUUACUCGUACGAGGCUGGCAGCACGGUGCGAUGCCAUACCGUACGAUACCAUACGAUGCGAUGCCAUGCCAUGCGAUGCGAUGACGGCGACCGUGGCAUGACGGCCGCGACCUCCGCUGCCUUCUUUCGCCGUUCCCGUUGCAGCAAAGCAAAGCACCACCAACAGCAACAGCAACAGCAACAACAACAACAACAACAACAACACCAACACCAACAACACCAACACCAACACCAACAGCACCACCAACAGCAACAGCAACAGCAACAGCAACAGCACCACCAACAGCAACAGCAACAACAACACCANCAACACCAACAGCACCACCAACAGCAACAGCAACAGCAACAGCAACAGCACCACCAACAGCAACAGCAACAACAACACCAACACCAACACCAACAACACCAGCAGCAACACCCAAGCCGCCAUGGCCGAAAUACCAAAAGACCAUUCGGGCCACGAGGGUGCCGAAGCCGUCGCCGGGAGCUCGAGGAACGACGACGCCAUUCGCGACACCACCAACGAUGACGACGACGACGACGGGGCCGACCUCUCCGCCACCAUGGAGUCCGCCCGGGCCAGAGCCGAGAAGCGGCGCCGGCGGAUCCUCGAAAAGGCCGGCAACCGGAUGCAGCUCGUGAACGGGGAGGAGACGGGGGAGGCCCCCUCCCGGGCGGCCCGGAUCCGCGCGGCCCGCCAGAAGCGCUACGGGAAAAAGCCGGCGCCGCCGUCUGGGGCUGCCGCUCCGGGCACGGUCACCGGCAGCGACACGGGCAACCACAACGACAACGACAACGACAAGCACAACCAAAACGACAACGACAACGACACGGGCAACCACGACGACAACGACAACGACAACGACACCAAGACCCCCACCGACACCGUUACCGACACGGAUCCUUCCGAACGGCGGGGCCCGGACGCCGCCGCCGCCGCUCCCCCCCGCAAGAAGUACAUGGGCGUCGCCCGGACCCGCCGCGAGAUGCUCCGCCGCAAAAAGGAGGGAACCCCCCCAGUCGGCAAGGCCCCCCCCUCCCCCCCGAGGGCCGAGCCCGGCCCCGACCGGUUCCUAGCCUUCCGGAGGGUCGGCCUCGUUCUCCUCCUCUUUGCGGCCGGCGUCGACGUCGGCCACCAGCAGUUCCACCCCUCGGUCGACGUCCGGAGGGGGCUGGCCCCGCUGGAGCGGGGGAUCCCCCCCCCGGCGGACCCGGACCCGCACACCGGGGCUUCCGGACCGGGGGACGAGCCCGAGCCCGCCGGCACCCUCCACAAGCCGGAACCGGCCGGCCCGGGGGUCCACCGGCGGAUCCUCGGCGCCCUGGUCUACGGGCCCGCCCGGGCCCUCGGCUCCCUCCUCUCCCUCCCCGCGGCCCUCUGGAGGACCCCCCCCGGCCUCUUCCUGCUCGCCCUGGUCCUGCGCCGGAUCGCGGGCCGGGACGGGGGGGACCCCAAGGAACGGGCCGGGACCGUCCCGGGGAUGAUCGGGACCCUCGUCGCCGGGAACUUCCCCGGCCUCGCGACCGCCUUUGAGGCCUACGGGCACCUCCGGUCCGACAUGUACGUCGUCUUUUGCGGGGUCUUUCUGGGCCUGGCCCAAGCCCACCUCUCCGGCACCGGGGCCGGGCCGGGGGGCCACCCCGAGCUGUAGGCCCGGCCGCGGGAGGCCCGCGCCCACGAACCGGCAUUCCCUCAAACAAAACCGCUUCACGAACGAAUCAACGAACGAACGAACGAACGAACGAAUUCUAACAAACUACUAAACAAACA